CGCAAGGGGAUCCAGUCUUUGCUAUGGACAGUUAUUGGAUGCAGCAAUGUUGACAGUGAGGGAGCCCAGUGGUGGCUGGCAUAAGAAGGAGCAGGGAGAAAGUGCCAGGAAUCAGAUUUACAAUGGCAAAUGAAGCACGACCUUGCCCUUGUGAGCUUGGAGAUCAGUUUGACCAUAAGAAUCUUGGAAAUGAGAUUCAGAUUGAACAUAUAAAAGCUUACAUCUCUAAACCAAAAACAAGCACAGAUAAAGCCAUAAUUGUGGUUCAAGAUGUUUAUGGAUGGGAGCUUUCCAACACAAGAUACUUUGCUGAUCUGCUUGCUUCACAGGGAUACAUUGCUGUCCUGCCUGACUUUUUUGUGGGACAGGAACCAUGGAACUCAACCUAUGAUCAUGUUGAUUUUUUUAAAUGGCUUGAAACGCGACCAGCCGAUAAAGCAUACAGAGAGGCCGAUGCUGUGCUGAGAUAUUUAAAGGAGCAGUGUCAAGCAAAAAGUAUUGGCGUGAUUGGAUUUUGCUGGGGUGGCAUUGUAACCCAUUAUCUCAUGCUAAAAUAUCCUGAACUAAAGGCUGGAGUAGCAUUUUAUGGUUUAGUCCGUGAAGAAUGUGAUAAAUAUAAUUUGCUUAAUCCAACGUUGUUCAUUUUUGGUGAAAAUGAUCCCCUCAUACCACUAGAACAGGUUAGAUCUCUGGAUGAAAAACUUAAAGAGCAUUCCAAGGUUGAUUAUAAAGUUAAAGUCUAUCCAAAGCAAAAUCAUGGGUUUGCCCAUCGGAAGAAAGAGGAGAUCAACCCUGAUGACAAGCCAUACAUUCUAGAAGCAAGGAAGGACAUGCUUGAUUGGCUGAAGAAAUAUGUAAAUUAAUUACCUGGAGUGUUGCCAGAUAUAUUACAUUAAAAUAAAAAAAUGUUUUUAAUAAGAUCUUAAAAAUGAUAACAUCAAAGAACACCAUGUAUAUUAAAGUUACAACAAUUAA